AUGGCUCAGCAGACGAUUCCAGAACAAGAGAAAACUCAGGAGAUUCUUGACGAGACGGAAAAGACUCAUUCUAUUUCUAGCAUUCUUCUCAAGCCAAGCAAAACUGAGGAGCAACUUAUUCUUGCCGAAGAGCCGAAGAAAAAGCACCGUCGAAAUCGCACAACUUUCACAACUUUCCAACUUCACGAGCUUGAACGAGCUUUUGAAAAGUCUCAUUACCCAGAUGUCUACGCUCGAGAAGAACUCGCUAGUAAAAUUAGUCUACCGGAAGUACGAGUGCAGGUUUGGUUCCAAAAUCGUCGAGCAAAAUGGCGCAGACAAGAAAAAGUUGACUUGACUAAUCCGUCUGAAGUGGCUUCUUCGCCAGACUCGGCCAAAUCCAGCAUUGGUUCCCUUGACCCGUGGCUGUCAUCCCGCUCAUCCUUCGCCCUCCCGCUGCUUUCGACAGGCCUCUUUGGCAAUCCGAUAAUGCACAACCGCAGCUACUUCAAUCUCCCCUCCGUAUCCUCGGCCAUUCAAAAUUCCUUCUACAACUCUCAGGCGCACCUGUUUCCGGCGAUUUCUCAGACUUCAGCCCUUCAGGGAAAUAAUUCUUCUCCAGAGCCUGGAAAUGAAAAUAAUCCCAAAUCCAUUGAUCAGGCUAUUUUGCCUUUGAAUUAUUCAGGAAUAGCCGAUGCAUCAGCUGCUCCAACUGCUUCGCUGUAA